UUCUGCAUUAAAUAAUCAAAUACAAUAAAAAACAGUUGUCGAAAACUUUUAUUUACCAUAAGAAGGCAAGCCAAAUAGAGUCUUUCCUGUGUUAUUUGCCGGUGUUUUUUGUGUUGCCCUGUGCUCGGUUUAUUAAAAAAUAUCUCCAAAACAUAUACACAUACAUAUACCACAGCUUCCUUAGCAUAUCCACAUUUAUAUACACAUAUAUACUAUUUCCUCGACUUGGCGCCCAAAAUACGAUUCAAUGCAAACAAAGGAUUCUGCUGCGUAUUUAAAUUGAAUAAGCUUCUACGACUAAGAACUAAACAUAUUAGUGUCUCUCAUCAUCUGUAACUGGACCAAUUUUAUACACAAAAAGACGAAAACAAUCUCGAACUCUUCUCACCGACUAUAUAAACUUAUACAAAAGUACUUUAGAAGGUCAUUCUAUUGACUACACAUAUCGCAGAGGGACGCACCCCGAUUUGAGAUUUGAGCUGUUGCCGCACCCACCUGACCAGAGAGAUCCAUUCAAGACGGCGCCGCUUAAACCACAGGCCUACAAAUUUGGACAGAUGUUAUGUUGUGGCUUCUGCUGUGGCAACAUGUCGAAACGGGACUACAAAGUGGCCACCACAGAUGGCAUCGAGCUGGAGCCGUUGGGCGGCGAAAAGACCGAUAAGGAGAAGGACAAGGAGAAGCAAACGAAUGGCGUUACCUUUGGUGGCGAAUCGAGCGGCGGCCGCCAGACGCGCACCGGAGUCGCCGUCUGCUCGCAGCGUCGCGCCCUACUCGUUGCUGGCAUCGUCCUUGGAUCCCUGCUGCUGACGGCCAUUAUCAUUGCCUACGCCGGACCCCAAAAUGACUGUUCCUGUGCGGCGAAAACGACGUCUGGCUAUGAAACGGAUGAAGAAAACAACACACAGCCAUUCAAUCCAAUUGCAACGAACGGGGAGCCCUUUCCCUGGCUGGAGAAGAUGCUGCCCAAUAGCGUCCGACCCAUGCGCUAUGUGGUCACAAUACAUCCCAAUCUCACAACGCUGGACGUGAAAGGUCAAGUGACUAUCGAUCUGUUCAUAGAGAAGGAGACCAACUUCAUUGUGCUGCACAUACAGGACCUGAAUGUUACCGAGAAGGCGCUGGUUACGCCCGGACCCAAGGGCUAUGCCUUGAAGAUAAUCAAGGUGCUGGAAUUCCCGCCGCGGCAGCAAUUUUACAUUGAAGUUAAGGAGAAGCUGAAGAAGAAAUCAAAUUAUACGCUAAAUCUACGCUGGUAUUCCAAGCUGAAUCCCGAACCGGAGGGCUUCUAUGUGGAUCAGUAUGAGAGCUUCAAUGGACGGGAACGCCUCCUGGCAGCCACAGUCUUUAGGCCGAAUGGUGCACGUCGCGCGUUUCCGUGCUUCGACGAGCCGCACGUGCGUGCGCCCUUCCGUGUCUCCGUUUUCCGUGAUCGCUUCCACAUAGGUCUAUCCAAUUCCAUAGUGCAUACGACAGAGGAUGUGGGCUUCUACAUGGGUACAGGACUGUUGAGAGAUGACUUUAUUGAAACGCCUCCACUGCCUGCGGAUGCUGUUGCCUGGGUGGUCAGCGACUUUCAGCGUGAGUCGCUGCAGCCCUCGGCUGCCUAUAUGCCCACUACAGUGGCGCCACCUAGCGCUGGCGGCGGCAAGAAACCAUCUCAGCUGAACAACUACACGCAGCUGAAGAGCAAAAAUCCGCCCGUACGCAACAUUACUGCCUUGACGCAUUCGCUGAAUGUGAACUUGACGCCCUUCCACAAUGUCAGCAGCACGACGACCACAGCACUGCCCGUAAUUAUCAAUGGCAAUGGGAAACCCUCGAAUCCGACCUCCUUGUCGCAGUCGACGGGCUCCUCCAUCAAACGUGCUCCCUCGUAUACCUUCUAUGCGCCGAGAGACCUGCUGCCACGGUCCUCCUUCAUUCUGCACACAUCCCGAGAUGUGCUGGAGUAUCUGCAGACCUGGCUGGACAUCAGCUAUCCCCUGACCAAGGUGGACUUUGUAGCGUUGCCUUCGUUGGAUCGCAAUUUGAUCUCCUCGUUGGGUUUGGUCACAUUGAAGACUUCCUUUCUCACCGAUCCCCAGUCCAUAACCUCGGAGCAGUAUCAGUUCAGUGCACUGCGCAUUGCGGAGGCCAUGGUGCGUCAGUUCUUCGGUGGCAUCACCUCCCGCAAGGUGCUCAAGGAUGUCUGGCUGUGGGAGGGACUCAUUCAAUAUCUAGGCAUACAUGCGCUGGCUCCCCUGCAGGACAGCUGGCCGCUGCGCGAGAUGUACCUGUUGAAGAUGGCCACCGCAGCGCUGGACAUUGAUGCCAUUCAGGGCUGGGACAGCAUCAUGAACGGCACUCGCCACGACGGCAACAACGAAGAGUUCUUCGUCCAGAAGACGGCGGCCAUCUUCUCCAUGCUGCACACGGCCAUUGGCGAGGAUCGCUUUCGCGGCUGCCUCGGCACCUUCCUGAAGCUGAAUCGCUUCAAGACCGCCGAGCCCACUGAUCUCUGGACCAUAUGCACCAAGAAGGCAAACGGCUCGAAGAACAUCAAAGACAUGAUGACGCUGUGGACGCAUCAACCAGGAUUUCCGCUGCUCACCGUCACCAAAAUGGGCAACAGCAUAUCCAUAUCGCAACGACCAUUCAAGCCAGCCGACUUCUUGGCUAUACACGACGAGUCCUACGAUGGCAACAAUUACAAUCAGACGGCUCUGAAUGCCACCGAUACGCCCAGCACUGUGCCACCCACCCAUGCCAGCAAGCACAAGACUGCGCCGCAUCUCAAGUGGAUAUUCCCAGUUACAUAUAUCACCGACAUGAACAAUGUCAGCGAAACGCUCUGGAUGCAGAAUGUUGAUGUUACCUUCAAUGUGCCGGAGAAUGUAAAAUGGAUCAAGGUAAAUGCCAUACAGAACGGGUAUUAUCGCGUUAUCUACAAUGAUGAUAACUGGGCCAGUCUUAUCGAGGAGCUGUCGAAUAAUCCGAAGCGUUUCAGCAGCGAGGAUCGAUUGGGUCUGCUCUCGGAUGCCUUUACGCUGUGCCAUGCGAACCUACUGCCCUGUGAGAUUACGAUGAAUAUGAUCCAGUAUUUGCCCAGUGAAACGCACUACGGUCCGAUGGCAUUGGCCGUGCGACACUUGGAAAAAUGGCGUCGCAUACUCAAGUACUCCGAAUGCUUCCUAAUGCUCAGCGAGUUCAUCAAAAUGAAACUGUCGACGGUAAUGGAGAAGGUGGGCUGGGUAGACGAAGGCGAUGUGGCGAUCAGGCUAAUGCGUCCAGAGGUGCUGCUGGCAUCGGUGCUGUGGGAGGACAUUGACAGCAUAACCAAGGCCAAGAAUAUGUUGAAUCAAUAUUUGUACUACAAUGGCUCGGCCAUAGCGCCCAAUUUGCGUGAGGUGGUCUAUACGGGCUCCAUUUUGUCCGGCGAGUAUAUCUAUUGGCAGCAUUGUUGGGAGCGUUUCGUAACGCUGCAGCGCACCUCGGAGACGUUUGUGGAGCGAAUGCAGCUGCUGCGCGCCUUGGGACGCACCAAGGAUGCCUGGCUGCAGAAUCGCUUGCUCUCCCAUGUCACCAUGCUGCCCACCGAGGAGGUGGUGCAGGUGCUCAAAGCCAUUGCGGGCACGCCCACCGGCGGUGCAAUGGCCUGUCGCUUCCUGCAGGCCAAGUGGUAUGAGCUGGAGCAGCGCCUGGGACCGGGCACCAUUAGCUUUGCCAAAGUGAUAUCGGCCAUAACGCAAUAUGGCGCAACGAAGUUCGACUACGAUGAGCUAAAGUCCCUGGUGCAUCGGUUUGGGCGUGGACAGGGCAUGUCCGUGCUCAACAUGACGCUCAGCAGCGUCGCCUCCAAUGUGGAAUGGGUGGCCAGAUCUCAGACAUCGCUCUACAAAUGGGUGGAAAGUAAUUUGCAUUCGCAUCGAUAG